AUGCUACACUACGGGCAUGCGUGUUUUUUGUGUCGCAUAACCCCAAAUAUGCCCUCAACUUCUUCGUCUCUAAUAGACGAGUUCCAGAGGAGUUGGUUAACUUCUCUUAUCGGUAUUUGUAUACUUUGCUUAGGAAUUUGGCUUUUGACAUGGAACGAGGGCAGGGCGGUACACCAUGCCCAUUCCUUGGAUGAGGCAUACAACAGGGUCAUUUCACUCAACCCUUAUGAGAAUAUAAGGCCGGAGUUGGACGGCCAUUUGGUCCAUAUCACGGGCCCUUUAGGGAUUGAUGAACCUUUGACUGAACCUGAAUAUGGUAUUUCUAUUCAGGCUGUUAAGUUGAAACGGAGGGUUCAAAUGUAUCAGUGGGUUGAAGAGCGAUCACCUAGGGAUUACGUUGAUAACGGCUUAGAUCAGAAUUACGAAACCUCCGAUUAUUAUUAUGUCACAGAAUGGAGAGACAAGGUUGUAGACAGUAGCAGUUUUUACAUAAGACAUGGCCACCACAACCCCACUGAAAUCCCGCUAAAAUCACACACCUACAUAUCCCCCUUUGUCCGCGUUGGCCACUUGAUGUUAGGUAGCGAAAUUAAGGAAAAAUUCACUGAUUACGUAGAGGUCACAAGUGACGAAAGACCUGAACGAAAAGACGUGAAACUCCACAUGGGCAUUUACUACCAUUGCGACGACGUUUGGAACCCUGAAGUGGGCGACAUCAGGGUCCAAUUUUAUUACGCUGGGAUUGCAAACGAAAUCGUAACUGUAAUUGCAAUGCAAAAAGACGGCGUUUUGGUCCCUUACACGACCAGCAAAGGCCACAAAAUCGCACUUUUGCGACAUGGGGACCUAAAUAUCAAUCAAAUGUUCAAUGCUGAACACUACGAUGUUAGAUUAGAGACGUGGAAAAUCAGGGCUGCUGGUGUUUUCAUCUUGUACGCGUCCUGUGUUUGUUUAGCGAGACUGAUUAAAAUUUUCUUUUUUAGAAUUCCAUUUUUACGAAAUAUAGUGGCCGGCGACAUGACCUCUUCAACAAAUUUCGCGAUCUCAGCUUCAGUCUCCUUACUAGUGAUUGCCACAGCUUGGAUUUUGUACCGACCUGUGUUAGGUGUGGGCCUGGUCGCGGCCGCAAUCAGCCCAUUCUUCUAUUGCACAAUGGGAAUGUACAACAUUGCUCAAAAUCAAAACGGGUUCUACAAUAGAUGAGACGAUUUUGCAACUCUUAGCGGUUUUCUAGUCAGCUGAAAAAAUGUUCAGCUUAGGAGGUGAAAACGGAGAAAUGCUUUCAUUUUGUUGUUGCAACCACAAUAGUGCGAGUUGUGAUUUAUUUAUUGUGAUUAAAAGAUUUUAUAAAGUU